GUGAGCAUCUCAGCUCAGCUCGGGUGAGCCUUUCUCGCUCGAGCAGCGGCAGAUUGGCUUCCGGCCUGGCCUAGGCGGUCGGUCAACGGGCGCUACCUGGGCGAUGCUUGUUUGCGAGUGUGGGCGACGUGACCGGGAUCAGCGAGCACAGCGCCAGGCGCCCGAGGCCGACGCUGCCGCCAACCGUGUCCUCGCCCCAUCUCGCGCUGGCCACCGAGUCCCGUCCCGCUCUUGCUGCUGACACACUCCUUUCCUCUCCUUAGGCAGCAUCCUCGGCGACCUCUUCGUCCUGCGCAGCUGCCUUCCAACCACCAGCCCGUGCUCGCGUUCUGCGCUUCUCCGUGUUCCGACUCAGAUCGCACGCUUCUGUCGUGUCUCUCCGCCGAACGACGACGCUGCUCCUACCCCGCCCCUUCUCGAAACUUUACAAGGCCGCAGGUCUUAUAUACCCUGUCUCGCGCCAUCAUGAGCGACUCCCCGCUGGAAAGGCUCGUCAACCUUUGUAGAUCUAAUGACGUUGAUGUUAGAGUCGAUGCUGUCACAAAGCUGCAGGCAGAGUUUGAGGCGGGUGUCGAGGUGCGUCGUAAUACGCUCGUUACAUGCGCUCGAGAGCCUAACCCCGGCGCGUCCCAGAUACCCAACCCCGACGACCUUCUGACGGUCCUCAAAGCAUGCCUCCGCACACCUAACCAACACCUCACCACCGCAACCAUCUCUGCCAUCCCGCCGCUGCUUCCUCUCCUCAUCAGCCGGCCAGGACUUGCCGCGUCUCAGUCAACGUCGCCACAUGCCAGCACGUCCUCUGUCGGCUCGACCCUCAUCGACGUGCCGAUGCUCCGCCAAGUCCUGAACGCGCUCCUCCCCGCCGGCGGCGCCCUCGACCGUCUGGGCGACAGCCGGGACCGCGCACGCGAGCGGGCGCGCGAGUCCCUUGUGCUGCUCGGCGGGUACGCCUUCCGCUGCGCGGGCCCGGGCUCGUCCGUGCGCACCGCGCGCGACGGCAAGGGGGGGCCGGAGACCCCGCUGGCGAUCUUCGAGCGGCACUUCAAGGAGCUCGGCCUGACGAGCAAGGUCUGGCGCGUGCGCGAGCAGGCGAUCCUCGCGCUCGCGCAGCUCCGGCGCGCGCACCACCACUUCCCGCUGCGCCCGUACCUGCCGGCCCUCGUCGACCUGCUCGAGGACGCGGACAGCAACGUGCGCCAGCAGGCCCAGGCCUCCGUCGUCGAGCUCUUCACCGGCCCCGGCGUCACCGACGCCGCGCGCGCCGACCUCAAGAAGGAGAUGGCCAAGAAGGGCGUGCGCAAGGGCACCGUCGAGAACGUCACCGCACGGCUCCUCGCGGCCGGCGGUGGCGGUGGCGGCGGCGGCGCGCGCACUCCGCCGCUCGCGAGCGAGGCGGGCUCCGAGAACGGCGAUGCCCCCGGCGCGCAUGUCCCGCCGAGCACGAACAAGACGCCCGGCCCGGGACGCAGCAUGUCGCGCUCGGUCAGCACCCAGAGCAUGGACAAGUUUGCGAGGCCUGCGAGCCGCUCUGCGCUGGUCUCGCCCGUGCCAGACGCCACGGCGGGCGGCGGCUCCGAGGCCAAGGCCGUCUACAUCGCGUCGAGUCGAGACUUGGAGAACGAGUUUACGUCUAUGCUGAAGUGUUUUGAGGGCAAGGAAGACGAGCACAACUGGGCGCAGCGGGAACGGGCUGUCUUACGUGUCAGAGGCAUGCUCAAGGGCGAUGUUCACGAACGGUUCACGGAGACCUUCCUGCAAGGGCUGAAAAAUGGUUUCAUCGACGCUUCUUUGAAAACGCUGGUCAGCUUACGUACGACUGUGGCUGCGAAUACAUGCUCUUUGUAUUCGGAGCUCGCGAUUACGCUCGGUGCCGCUAUCGACCCGCUCUGCGAGACGCUGUACAUAAACCUUCUCAAAUUGGCCAGCCUUACGAAGAAAAUCAUCGCGCAGCAGUCACAAGCGACGGUCACGACCAUCAUGAAUCACACUUCCCCGCUCCCCCGGAUUAUCCUGCCUCUUUUGUCCAAUGCUGUUGCGGACAAGUCGGUCCAGACACGAACCUACGCCAUGGGACACAUUAAAACCUACUUGGCAGCGCACGGCCUCCGCGCACGUCAUUCAAUAGAGGCCAUCGGCGGGGUUGAGACGUUCGAAAAGUGUCUCAAGAAGGGCCUCAGCGACCCGAACCCUGCGGUCAAGGAGAUUACACGGCAGUCGUUCUGGGGGUUUGAGGGCGUGUGGCAGGAUCGAGGGCGACCCAUCUUCGAGUCACUCGAUGCGACAUCGCGCAAGCAGCUCGAAAGGGCAUGCCCUGACCCUCAGCUGCUCGCCGGACUUGCCGCAGCCGUGUCUACGCCGCAGGUGAAGAAGUCGAGCGUCGCAGCGGCCAUCGCAGCCAGCCGCGCAAAGGCCAAGGCCAUCGCUACUGCGCCUCCAACGCUAAGGCAUCAGGCCACUUCGGCCGCACGCACGACCUCCCCUCCUGCGAAACGCCCGGCGUCUCCGUCUCUGAGCAGCAGCGGCGGGCCGUCUGGCCCAGGCAGAGCGGCCUCGCCUAUUGGACGCGGUGCUCAGGCCCCGUCUCCGCCGAGAGCCAGAGUGGUUUCGACCGGCACAUUGCCCCGCUCGACCAACUCCGGCUUCGUCCCCAGCAGAGGCCAGGCCCGCGAGCCUGUGGUCCCAUCCUCUCCGUCCUCUCCCACGCCCGACCCAACCUACCGCCGUCGUGUGUCGUCGCCCCUCACCAGCUCGCCCAUCUCCGGCUCGCUCAAUGGCAUCUCGAUCCUCAGGCGCGCCAGCCAGACGGCGCUACCGUCGUCCCCGACGCCGGGGUCGCCUUUCUCGCUUGGCGUGUCGACGCCGCGGACGCAGCCCCUCCAUGCGUACCGUGAGUCGAUCAACAUCGCCGGCCUGCACGGUUCAGCGGACGACUCGCUCCUUCUGGCAUCAAAUAUUCCGAUCCCGGAGGACAGCGACUCGGACAUGGACCUCGACACGUCCGUCAACCCCGUCUCCUUCUCGACGCCGUUCGAAGUGUACCCGCCCGGCGGCGAGGCCACUCCCCAGCAGCCCAAGUCUGCAGCGUCUAUUUCGCCGCGCUCGAGCGGCUCGCGGCAGCCGCUUUCGAAUGCCCUUUCCACAGGCACGAGCUCUCCGCCUGCCGGCAUUCCUCAGCCGAUAGUCGAGGACGCGAUGCGUGCACGUGCAGAGCAGGCCGAGAGUGCUGCAGAGCGUCUCUUGGAGCUGGUCGACCCGGAGGACGAGCAUCCGGAGGCGGGCGUCGCGCCCCUCCUGCUUCGUAGCUCUACCAGCGAGCCAAUCUCGCAGAGGAGCCUAAACGACAGCGCGGGAUCUUCGUUACAGGGCGCAGGGGCCGGCUCGCUCCAGCAUCCACGGACGCCUCCCACCACCACGAACGCGGCCCUCAUGCGGAAGGCGGCACUGUUCCAGGACAGUCCUGCCUACAAGGCGCGCGCGACGACGUCCCCGUUCGACAUGAUCAACGGACAAACGUACGACAAUGUCUGGUGGCGGAAGCGCAUGUCACUCGUGAACGAUGACCCUGGGUACAGAGCCGGGGAGCAUGCCGAUCGUAAAGAGGAGCUUAGAGGAUACAUCGCCGCGUUGGAGCGCGGUCCCGCGGACGUCCUCGUGCUCCAGAAGCUCGCCCUCUUCUGCAGGGAGAACCCAGCGAACGAACCUAUUUCGCCCAUCAGCCCGGACUUUUCCGGAGGACCUCUGAGUCCGUCGCCCUUGUUUGGGAGCUCACACACCCUGCCUGGGCUCAAGACGGACCUGUGGGUACAGGGCAAGGCGUUCGAACGACUCUUUGCCGCCCUAGUCCUGUGUUUGGACCCUACCAGGAGUACUUCCGAACUGGAGUACGGUUUGAUUGUUCUGUGGGAAAUGCUAGAACAUCAAGCACCCCUCUUGGAAGGCCGGGAAGCUGACAUAUUCGCUUUGCUGCUCAAGGUGCGAAGCUGCGGGAAUGCGACGGUCUUGCAGGCCACCACUAAUUUUAGGGACGUGCUCGCGUCCCGCAUCGAGCCGGUCUAUGGCCUGACGACCAUGCACGCCAGUCUGCGUGCGUACCGGAACCCAUCUGCGCCAUCCGCGGCAGACGUGGAGAUUAGCAACGGAACCUAUGCGUUCGGACUGAUUGCGCUGGGCAAGUUCGUCCUGCAGCUUCCGAAAGAAGUGCUCGAAGAUGAACUGCCCCGUCUGAGGAUCACCCUCACGUCGCUUGUCUGGCAGGCUCUGACAGACACGUCGUCCGACUCAUCGUUGGUCGUGAGGGAGGCCGCCGCCGCGUCCAUCAUCGCGGCGCAGCUCGUCCUCCGCGACGAGGCGCACCUGUUCGCGCUGCUCGACCCGCUGCCCGAGGACAAAAAGAACCUGCUGACGUACCUCUUCGACAAACACGGCGUGCGCGGGUCGUCACGCGCCAGAGCGGGGCUCGGGGCGUCUGGGAUGGACAAGCUCGAGAGGGAGAUGCGACGAUUGGAUGGCCGAACGAGCACUCCGCUGCGGCCAACUACCACCACCGCCGCAUCUCCAUUCAUCUAAAUCGAAGCUUUUAAGUUUCUCCUCUAAAACCACAAUUGUCCCCCUUUAUACGAUUGUAAACUGCUUUGUCUUGUCUGGUAACUUAAUCGUAUAUCCCAUCUGCGUCCUUCUGAUGUUCUCACGUCGUAGUGCUAUUCAUCGCUGUCUGCCCCCCGUCUUUGUGUUUUAUUCGAACACCUUUUUUUUGAUAAUUCUGUUCCAUUUAUCAAGUCGGGUCGCCCAUCUCGCAUCUUUGUUCUCCCCCAUCUCCCCCUCUCUCGUUUUGCGCAAUGCGCAGAAAUGACUUCGGAUCCGUGUCCCGUGCCCGUAUCCAUCACCUGCGAUAAGUUACAACUCCCGAUAAUGCAUGCGGCUGGACUGCCUUAUUACGACUACAAGCCUCACAUGGGUAAACCCAGCCGGAGUAAUCCCCACGCCCCGAGGACCCCGGGGCCCCCGUGACAGCUCUUCCUAGAACAGCACAGGUAGGACAGUAUCACUUCAGAGGCUCUGCCGCGCAGGACAUCCGCAACCUAAACGUUAGAUUGGCAUGUUCCUGAUAUUGCGCGGGCUCGCGAACGCUCUCGACCCUGGCAAACAUGAGGCUUCAGCAGCACACCGGGCAAAACAUACAGCGCUGACACAGGGUCCUGGGGAUCUGGGCAACUAUGCAGAGUUCGCACCCCCCGGCGGAACGACGUUCGCGGAGUUGGGUUUUGCGUACAAGGUUCGAACACCCGGUCUAACACGAGCCGAGUCGACCCGACGGCAGAGACUUGACGAGAGAUAUCAUUGCAUGCUAGAUGUGUACGUGGAUGUGGUGUAUUUGGCGCCCUCGCAUACUGUGUCGUGAUAGAUCAGGGCAUCUGGUAUAGCAUGUAGUGCGGGACAAAUCGGCGAGCCGCAAGGCACUGCUAGGUGCAAGAAGUUUGACGAGAGCACUGGAGCGACGUGAGAAAGGAAGAGUCAGAUCCCAGCACGUAGCUCAACAGACAGAUGUGACAAAUACAUAGAUACGGCAGCGAUAUCUGUCCUUGCUCAGCUGGAGUCACUUUGCGUGGGCGCUGCAUUCUUCAAGUCCGUCGUAGUGACGCUUGGCUCGGAAGAAGCAUCCGUAGGAGAGACGAUCCCGCUGAGAGCAGUUACGGUAACUGCACCCUGGGAGGUUGUUGUAGACGCACUUCGUUGAUGAAGACGAUCCUCCCGAGAAGGGCUGGAAGGAGUGAAAAACCCUAGCUGGGCCGCGACAUAGCCUGGUGGCGCCCGCAGGUGGCGGUGGACUUUAGGCUCCUCACGCUCCGGCACUGCACGUGUCGGCCUGAAGCGCACAAUUUCUCGCCAUACGUCACGCGAAAGACGCGUUCGCCUGUUCACAGAACGUAAGUAGAUAUUCUUGCUGCCCCAAAUGCGCCUCCCAAGCCGCUCCUUCACCCGCUGCACGGAGCGACCGAGCGUGUCAACGGCUCUCCGUUCGAGUUCCCCGAUGUAAGCCUUGUCCCGUCGCAGGAUCGCGAGAUGUACGUCGACGUCAAAGAUCUUCUCGCGACGAAGCUUAAUCGCCUCUUCCGCAGGGUCAGGCUCUGGCACAGGUUGGAAUGGGGUUUCUAUCACAGGAUCCUGUGACGAUGGUGACGUUGGGGGCGAGGAGCUGCUCGAAGCUGUUGUCGAAGGGCCAGGGGUAGGCGUGGGCUCUGGCGGCGAUAGUCCUGCUGGAUCGCCUGAAGCUUCCAAUGUUGUACCCGUGUGAGGAGCGGCGUCUCGCCAGCCCUCACGCAGGGCUUCCUCCUCCUCUCUCCACCUCUUCUGGACCUCCGUGUAAUACUCGAGAUCAGCCCGCUUUCUCCGUAGAGCCCUCCGCAUCUUCACUAUAACAAAGCGGAGCAUCUCGAUGUCCCUGUGGCGAUUAGCCUCGCCCAGGAUGGGGAGGAACAUGUACUGUGUUAUGCCGAGAUGCGGGGCAAAUAUUUCGCCCUUGCGUUUUAGCAUGCACUCCCCGCGUAGGUGUCUGUCGACCAGCCGAUCCUGUUCCAUGACCUGUAUAAGAUAGUGGCGAGCGAGCGUCGCGCGUCCGGCGCGAGACAGCCAUUUUAACAUCAGCUGAUAGCUGGUAGUGUUCGGCAACGCGUGUGGAGGGGUGUAAGAUGUGAUGAGAGGGUUGUUAACACCGAAAUCCUCGUCCUCGUCGUCUGCAUAAGCGGAUUCGGAGCUCGUGAUAGCGUUUGUCGGCAGGGGUGUGGUCAGUACCUCGAAUGUUUGUACGAGCUUUGAUAUAUUCUCUAUUCGACCAAGGAAGUCCAGCGCGCUGUUCAAUGCAGCAGUCGAGAAAGGCUGUUGGACUGGGGGGUUUCGGAUGUCAGAAGCUGAACCGUCUGUAGUCGCGUUCUGGUCCCAAUAAUCCAAUGGAGGGCGGUCCGGGUAUGCAAGGUCGAUACCAUAGGCUACGCGUAAAAGCUUCUGGAAAGCUUCAAAGUCCAUAGUCUCCUUCAAAACACGCAAUGUCAAGUCAACAUUAAACGCGGUUAUCGGAACCUGGUUGGCCCACAUCUCGUUCACGAGCUUGAGACAGAUCUGGGUCAUAGCUUGGACCAUCCUCUCUCGCUCUGAGUGGUAUAUGGGUAGUGUGAGCCGGUGAGCCAAAGCCGUGAGACAGAGGCCGUAGGUCUUGUGAGUCUUCUCGAGCUUGAGGUGUGUCAUCUCCUGUAGGACCUGCAGAGCCCCUACAUGAUGCCCUACUGCCGCAAACUGCUCCAGAAUGAAGUGAUAGUCUUCCACAUCUGGCGCGUACCCUGCCUCCCGAAUGUUGCUGAUGAUAGCCUGGUAGCGGAUCUCGUGGAUGUGAGGGACGCGCGAACGCUUCUUGGCCGCGAUCCGUGCGUACAAUUCCUUGCGGGACUCCGCAGGUGAGAGGGUAGACUUGCGCAAGACGAGUUGGUGAGUCUCCAAAGGUACCUGUUCCGGGCCUACUAUGCUGAGCAAGUCGACGUACCGGCCCCAGACCUGCGCAGGCUGAGGUUUAUCCUGGGCCAGAAUGAUGACGAGAUCAUCGUAUCUUCGCUUCUUCAGUUUCUCCAUGGGUUUUCGAGCGGUUGUAGGUGCCUCCACCAGGUCCAGUGACUGGGUCUGCCCGAGGGCAGCCGCGAACCGACAGCGUGAAGACGAGUGCAGAGCCCGAGCCGCUGCUGAGACACAUGGUGGCCGUAGGAGCUUAGUCGCUAGCUUGAGUUGUUGCACGACAUUGCGGGACAUCGAAACACCCGACGGAGACGAGCGACGAGCAGGAGAGAGAAUGCGAGCGUCCGGCUCGGUGUUCACGCCCGCAUUCCAUCCCAAAAUUUGCCACGUGCUAUUUCCCAUAUUAGGAAAGCGUCGGGCCGCCCAUUAUAAGC